GGCCACUCUGAAGUCUGCUCCGGGCGACCAGAGCCAUGCCGUUCUCCAGCGCAGCCAGGGCAUCAGAGGAGAACUUCGACUACCUGUUCAAGAUCAUCCUCAUCGGGGAUUCCAACGUGGGAAAGACAUGCGUGGUGCAGCACUUCAGGUCCGGGGUCUACACAGAGACACAGAACACAAUUGGGGUGGACUUCACCGUGCGCUCCCUCGAGAUCGACGGCAAGAAAGUGAAGAUGCAGGUGUGGGACACGGCGGGCCAGGAGCGCUUCCGGACCAUCACCCAGAGCUACUACCGCAGCGCGCACGCUGCUAUCAUUGCCUACGACCUCACGCGGCGGUCCACAUUCGAGUCCAUCCCGCACUGGAUCCACGAGCUCGAGAAGUAUGGUGCGGCCAACCUGGUUGUGAUGUUGAUCGGAAACAAAGCAGACCUGCGGGACCAGCGGCAUGUCCUGUUUGAGGACGCCUGUACGCUGGCCGAGAAGUACGGGCUCCUGGCCGUGCUGGAGACGUCAGCCAAGGAGUCCAGGAACAUAGACGAGGUCUUCAUGCUCAUGGCCAAGGAGCUCAUUGCCCGCAACAGCCCGCACCUGUGUGGGGAGGCCACCCUCAGCAGCCUGCCCCUGGACUCCAGCCCUGUCCUCAUGGCCCAGGAUCCGACUGCGGAGACCCACUGUGCCUGCUGAAUGCUCCCAAGGCUGGGGGCCUGCCAGCGGGGCCGCCUCUGAGGCCACAGGCAGCUGGUGCCCCAGCGUCUACAAGAAAAUGUGCUCCAGCCUUGCAUCCCACCAGCCUCGGCCCACACCACUAGCCACAGCUGCCGGCUCUGAGGAGGCACAGCCCCAUUCCCUCAGUUUCGCCCAGUGAAACCAGGGCUGGACGCAGGGCGUGAGGGGUCCGGAUGUUCUUCUCCUCCUUCCCGGUUCUGUCCCCCAACCCUUCACCUGUUCUCUGCUGAGUUGUGUUUCUCACUUGAAAAAGAGGGUAAGACAAGGAAGGAAGAGAAGGGGAAUAGCAAGAGGGAGGAUGGGAUGUUUAGAACAUUCUGGAAGAGUUCAAAACAGCUUGGGCAUGGGAGAGUGGGGGAACCCGCGUGCUGUUAGCACUCUGCUUCCUGACAAGUCAUGCUGGAAAUGGGUCCUUGACACAAAUGCCAUCUCGCCAAACGGCCAGGAGUCCCGUAUGGUGACAGAACUGGACAUCACUGGUCCUAGCUGGGUGGGUCUGACCACCCUCCUAGAAUGUGGGAGAGGCGUACCAUUUCCUUCUAAAACACCAAAUUGUCUGCUGGACCAGAAGUCAUUUCUGAAAUGAAAUGAAAUUGGCUCAUUGCUGAAUAUCAAACCCACAUUUCUCCUUCUGUAGAAGCUGUCAGGGAGAAGCUGGUACCUUUGGGGGCAGAGUAACUCCUGCUUCCAGGACUCAAAAGUCAGAGGCGGCUGGGAAGGCAUGACGUCCCUUGGUGGUGCAGUCAGUGAACACGCUGGUCUGAGAACUCAAAGGUUGGAGGUUCGAGUCCACCCAGAAGUGCCUUGGAAGAAAGGCCUGGCGAUCUGGUUCUUCCCUCUGCCCUAAGUCAUUCUAGUCUUGCCUUAGACAUUUCUUAGUCCCUAAGGAGUCUUUUGGGGCCCUGGUGUUGCACUGGUUAAGAGCUUGGCUGCAAGCCCACGGGUCAGCAGUUCGAAUCCACCAGCCACUCCUUGGAAACCCUA